AUGACCACGCUUACACAAGAGGCCACCAUCACUGAAAGGAAUUCGCCAACGGUGGUUUAUGAAAGGCUGAAGGACAAACACUAUGUCAUCUGCUCGGACGAGGAGGCGGGCUUCACCAUCGACAUCAAGAGCUUCCUCAAGCCGGGCGAGAAGACGUACACGCAGCGCUGCCGCCUCUUCGUGGGCAACCUCCCCACUGACAUCACGGAGGAGGACUUCAAGAGGCUGUUCGAGCGCUACGGCGAGCCCAGCGAGGUCUUCAUCAACCGCGACCGCGGCUUCGGCUUCAUCCGCCUGGAAUCCAGAACACUGGCUGAAAUUGCAAAAGCAGAGCUGGAUGGCACUAUUUUGAAGAGCAGACCUCUCCGAAUUCGUUUUGCUACACAUGGAGCAGCCCUAACUGUCAAAAACCUUUCUCCAGUCGUCUCCAAUGAGCUGCUAGAGCAAGCAUUUUCCCAGUUUGGUCCAGUAGAGAAAGCUGUUGUAGUUGUGGAUGAUCGCGGUAGAGCUACAGGAAAAGGUUUUGUAGAAUUUGCAGCAAAACCUCCUGCACGAAAGGCUCUGGAAAGAUGUGGUGAUGGGGCGUUCCUGCUAACAACGACCCCACGUCCAGUCAUCGUGGAGCCCAUGGAACAGUUUGAUGAUGAAGAUGGCUUGCCAGAGAAGCUAAUGCAGAAAACUCAACAAUAUCAUAAGGGUGCCAUGAACUUUGUUAAGUGGUCAGUAAACGGUAGUUCUUACUAUUUUUAUUUGUUGUUUUACCUUUUAAACAUACAUUUCUGUAUGUUUUUAAAUGUAAACUUAGGGAAAAAAAAACAGCCACCACGUUUCGCUCAACCUGGGACAUUUGAAUUUGAGUAUGCAUCUCGGUGGAAGGCUCUUGACGAAAUGGAAAAGCAGCAGCGCGAGCAGGUUGAUAGAAACAUCAGAGAAGCCAAAGAGAAACUGGAGGCAGAGAUGGAAGCAGCUAGGCACGAGCACCAGUUAAUGCUAAUGAGGCAAGAUUUAAUGAGGCGCCAAGAAGAACUCAGACGCUUGGAAGAACUUAGAAACCAAGAGCUGCAAAAACGGAAGCAAAUACAAUUGAGACAUGAAGAAGAGCAUCGUCGUCGCGAGGAGGAAAUGAUCCGACACAGAGAGCAGGAAGAACUGAGGCGACAGCAAGAGGGUUUUAAGCCAAACUAUAUGGAAAAUAGAGAACAGGAAAUGAGAAUGGGUGAUAUGGGUCCCCGUGGAGCAAUAAACAUGGGAGAUGCGUUUAGCCCAGCCCCCGCUGGUAACCAAGGUCCUCCUCCAGUGCUGGGUAUGAGUAUGAACACCCGAGGAGCUCUCCCUGGCCCACCGGUGGGUCCUGGCCCUUCCAUGGGGCCAGAAGGAGCCGCGAGUAUGGGGACUCCAAUGAUGCCAGAUAAUGGAGCGGUGCACAAUGAUAGAUUCCCUCAAGGACCGCCGUCCCAGAUGGGCUCCCCUAUGGGGAGUAGGGCAGGUUCGGAAACCCCUCAGACACCCAUGAGCGGUGUCGGCCCUGUCACUGCUGGUCCUGCCGGUUUCGGUAGAGGGGGCCAAGGGGGCAACUUUGAGGGCCCUAAUAAGCGUCGUAGAUAUUGAACAUUCUUUCAUUCCCGGCUAUUUAGAGAUUAAAAAAUUCAGUGGUAUGCCUUUACACUUUAACCUGUGACCUGGAAGAAAUGGUUUUAUUGUUAAUGUAUGUAGACUUUAAAGUUUUUCCUUUGUAAAACUCAAGGUUUUUGUAUUUUUCUUUAUUCAUGAGCUUUGUAGAUUAGAAUGGUAAUGACAAUGCUCAUCGCUGUGAAUGUCAACUGUGCUGUGACCGUAGCUGAACAUGAGUAUGCCGCAGUCCUGUGAAAUCUGUGGAGUCACUUACUCUCAAUAAAGAAAUCAUUUUGGAUAAUUUAAAAAUGUUAUUAGUUGUGUUCUCUUAUAGUUUUACUAAGCUUUGCUGUAACAGUAAUACUUUGGUUGCUUUAACUAAUUAUCCCAGCCAUUUAGAAAUGAAGAUUAAUUUUCUGCUUUUUAGUUUGUGCAAAUUAUCACUGAAAAUAGAAGCUAAUGACAGCUGAUGAUAAGGGGCCCAGACGAGAGUAGGACAUUGGAGGUGGGGGCAUGGGAGUUUACAUUUGUGUCAACCACUGAUGUUCUGUGAACCCAGAGAGUUGCUGUCCACAUUUCAUAGAGAUUCUGAGCAUUCAGAUGUUCCAUGAAGGACUAAUAAGGAUAUCUUUGUCCUGUGCUGAUUUUUCCAAAUAAAUCUUUUGAAUCUUGAAAAAAAACCGUUUGAAGGCAAAUCUCUUUUGCUUAUAAAAUAAUGUCUACUUUUACUCUUAUUUGCCAUUAUUUGGUGUUGAUAUCUAGAUCUUAACUCUUUAAAUUUUCUUUCAAAUCAUACAGUACUGUUAAGUUGGAUGUUAAGUAAGGAUUUGCUGCAUGAUUUAGAAGAAAUUAGGCAUUUCUUGAGAAAGUCGGUUUCUAGAAAUAUUAAAGAGGCCUUGACUCUGCAGUGUUGUAAAUAUUUUCUGUAGUUGGUUAGUCUCUCCAGUAAAACUUGUCUGAUAGGCUUAGGUAUGUUUGUCUCCUAGGAAUUCAGUUCUAGAGGUGAUUGUAAAACACAAUUAACUUGAGAAUGGCUAGAGUCCUUGGAACCAUACUAGAUUCCCCUACUAUCAAAUGUGAAUUUUGAAGUUUAAUUUCCAUACCAGGGAAAAACUGAUUUUAUCACAUUAUAACUUCACUCAAAAAAGUCUGAUAUAUUUAAAAGUUUGUAUGUUAGCCACAUUUAAUUUAAAAUUACAUUUAAGGAAUCAUCUUUAAACCCCAAAUCUAAUAUAUCAGCUAUCGAUAUAGUUAUUUCUCACAUAAGAUUGCAGUGUUAUUGUGUCAUGCUUUUAGCAUUUUUCUGAAGAAGAAUGUGCUUUUUAAAAAUGAACAGUAUGUAAAUAUCAUUUUGCAUGGUUUCUGUUUUUGCCAGAAGGCAUACUUUGGAAAGAAAUAAACUUGGUUAAUAAUUUAAAAUCUUGCAUAAAAAGUAGUUGAGUGUAAAGCAUAGUUGAGGUGACUUCUUUUGUACCAAUUAAAUUUUUCUUAUGUACUAUUUCAUAUUCUAUUUUAGACACAACACUAUGGAUGGAAUUAUUUUCUAAAAUUUGCAACAUUCACGGGCUUUUGUUUUUGGCAGUCUUGGAGAUUAUAAAAUAAUAGAUUAUUCUCAUAAUGUUUCCCAUGACUAUGAAUUGGCAGGGAGUGGGAUUUGUUUUAAUUUGUUUUAAUUUAAAUGUGGGGAGUUUUAACAUUAGCUAUAAUUUUUAAGUUCUAUCUAUUGUGUCUAAAUAUGCCUUUCCCAUCAUCUAUAUUUUUAUUCAUAUAAUCCUUAAGUAAAUUUUAGCUUUAUAUUUUGCUUCAAAGCUGAAUUGAGAGUGGGAGAAACUUUACCCUUUGAUGCUAAUACCAGGCUGCCUUUGGCCAAGGCUGUGAAAUUCUGUAAGAUUCACCCAAGAACAUUUGAAAGCCAGUGCACAGAGAUGUCCUCAUCUCCUGAACAUGCCAGUGUCCGGCUCAGCUCUGGCUCCACGAACAGAGUUCUGCACAGCACUCCCUGCAGCAAGAGCAUCCUUGUUCCCGUUGUUACAAGUUUGCCCUGGGAGCAGUCAGCUUCCAAGAGAGUCAAGCGGAGCAUCUGUGAACUCCUAGUUACUCAGUCGUUAGUGUUCUUGUGGAGUUAAACAACUCUGUGGCGGGAUCAGUCAGCAUUUUUUCUUGUGACUUAGUAUACCAAGGAAGAUACUUGAAUGUCAUUUGCUUAAAAGUGGUAGAUAUAAAAAUAAAGAAUUUAGAUUUUCUAAAUAAGUGUAAAUUUGUCAUAUAUGCAACCAUAAUUCUUUCCACAUAAAGGUAAUAUGAAACAAUUUUAGUAUUACCACAAUACUGUAUUUGUGUGUCACGAUUUGAAAGUUUAAAACCUGCAGAAUCGAGAUUUCAUAUGCUAUUAAUAUGUAAUUAAUAUGCAUAAAAUAAAGGACUUUGUUUCCAUA